GCAACUGGGUCAAAUGGUGGUUCCAUUCCAAGUUUUCCAAGGAUUUUCUUUCAUUCCCUUUCUUUUUAAUGUGUCUCAUUUUAUAGAUUAUAAUUUUCUAAGGACAAAAAGUAUGUCUUGCAUUAUGGCAUUCACAACUAUUGAGAAAAUGAAAAACUUUUCCUAAGUGUCUAAUAAAUAAAUACUUUUCGCCUUUAAAGGGAAAAUGACACGAAUUUAGCAAGUUCUUUAAUUAAAAAAAUUCAGAAUUAUGAGAAAGUUUGUAAGUUUUAUGAUUUUGAUUUUACUGUUAUGUUUUACAAUGUAAAUACAUCUGGUUAAUGAUGGUACAGUACUUACAUCUCUUUUUCCUCUCUAAACCAACCACAAAAUAAUAGAAAUAGAAUUAGAGAAAAGAAACUCAAAUCUGGAAUGACUACCAUAAGCUCAUAAUCAGAAUAUGUGAACAUUAGAUGUCCUUAGGUGCAGAGAAAAUUAAAUCAAGACAAGAUGCUAAGAAAGAAUGAUUUCCUCUUUAGAAUCAGGUUGGUGAGGGGAGCAGCUUUCUCCCAAGUAGGUGACACACCCUGAGGGCAAUAACUUCUUGCGUGGAAUGACAAAGUAGGGCAUGUAUUGGGCUCCCCAAGUGGCCCAGGAGGUGGGGCAGAAUUAUAAACUGCAGUCCUACCAUUUUUGCAAGUUCAAAAUGGAUGGAGCAUAAUGGCGCAUACCUAGAAUGCCAGGGAUUCAAGAGGCUGAGGCAGGAGAACUGCAAGUUCCAAGACAGCACAGGCAAUUUAGCAAGAUCUUCUCUCAAAAAAAGGGGUGGGGAUGUAGCUCAGAGGUAGUGUACCUGGGUUCAAUCCCUAGUAAUGCUCCUCCCUGUCCCCCCAAAAAAAUAGGGGCAGAAAUUGUUAGCAAGGAAACUCAACAUCUGCUCAUGUUUAUCAACUAAAAAGGAAUCAAGGCUAAAGAAUCAUCCCUUUCAAAUCUAUGCCAAGUGGAUACUUAUGGGCUUGGGAAAGUAGUCCAGCAAGGAGUUAGAACCUCCAGAGAACAGUGAUAAAAAUUUUCAAAAACGAGGGGCUGGGGACGCAACUCAGUGGUAAGAACCUGCUUGGCAUGCUUGACUUGCUUGGCCUUCAGUUCCACCCCCAGGACUGGGGGGGAAACUUUUUCAAAAACAGCAGAGUAGGUGAAAAUUGUGAUCAAGUAGUUCCAGUGGGAGGAGAUGGGGUGGAGUAGUGGUGAGGCAUGGCUCCUCUGAAAUUAGAAUUUAAAGAUGAGAUUUUAAAGUUCAAGAAAAACAAUAACAACUGAAAGAAAAGAGAUAAGAGUGAGCUGAUGAAACCAGUGUACAGAAUAAAGAGAAAAGCAUGGUUAUUUAUACAAAUGAAUGUUAACUUUCAAAGCAAUAGAUAAUGGAGGCAAGCUUGAGAAAUUUAAGAAAUCAAAAAAGAAAAAAUUAAAGACUUUAGAGACAAUGAUAGAUAAGGAAUAUAGUGCAUCUAGCAUACCAAUAAUUGAUACCAUCGAGGAUGUCAACACAAUAAAUGAAGGAGGCUGGGCAUACACUCCUAUAAUCGUGGCUGUUCAGAAGGUUGAGGCAGAAUUGUUGAGUUCAUCGCCAGGCUGGGUAAUUUAGUGAGACACUGUCUUAAAAUAAAAAGUGAAAAGGGAUGUGGAAGUAGCUCAGUGGUAUAAGUGUUUUGCUACUAAGCUACAUCCCUAGCCCUUUUUAUUUUGAGCCAGGAUCUCACUUAAGUGCCCAUGGUCUCACUAAAUUGCUGAGGUUGGCCUUGGACUUGUGAUCCACCUGCCUCAGCCUCCUGAGCUGCUAGGAUUACACAUGUGCACCACAGUACCUUGUUCAAUUAAAAUAUUUUUAAUAAUAAUUUUCAGCAAUAAUGCUGAUACAUACAGUUAUUUGUGUGAAAUCAAGAAAUGUCUUCUAAUGGAGAGACUAUAAAUCUUCCAAGAAAACAGCUAUAUGGUGGAAUAUGUAAUGAAUUAAAAUUUACAAACAGUACAAAGAAAUAUAAUUAAUUGAGAUGAAAUAUCUGUCAUAUAAGUAAACUGAAGCAAAAGUCAAACCUAAUAAAAGAGUAUUUAAUAGUUGAUAAAGCCAGGUGUGGUCCCAGCAAGGCUAGGAGGUCCCAGAUUCAAGGCUAGCCCGGGGAAUUUAGUGAGAUCCUGUCUCAAACUAAAAAAGUAGAAAGGGCUGUGGACUGGGAUAUAGUUUAGUGGUAGAGUGUACUGGGUUCAAUCUCCAGUACAACCCCCCUCCCCCCCAAAUAGCCAGGAAUAAGGCUGAGGGUGUAGCUCAGUGGUAGAGCAUAUGUCUAGCAUGCAUGAGAUCCUGGGUUUGAUCCCUAGCACUGCAAAAAAUAAACAACAACAACAACAAAACAGUAAAUAAUACUUUAGUAUUUUCGGCCUGUGGCUCUGUGAUGUCUGUCACAUCUGCUCAGCUUAUGAUAACCCCCGAAGCAGACAUGGACAGUAUUUAAGUGAAUGAGCAUGGCUGUAUUCAGUAAAAUUUUAUUUACAAAAACAGGCAGUGUUUCAAAUUUGUCCUCUAAACCAUAGGUUUUCUGAUUUACGAUCUUAAACAGUGUCUGAGAAAAGUUGAGAGCAAAGUAUGUGCAGAGAUUUAACUUGGCAAGCCACAUUGAACUCAACACAGAGAAUUGAUUGAGUUACUUUUGUUUUUCUUUUUGCAGAUCUAGGGAUUGAACCCAGGGCCUUUGUGCAUGCCAGACUCUUAUCACUGAAGUAUAUCCCCAGCCCUGCUAUUUCUUCCCCCCUCCCUCCCUCUUUUUCCCGUUCCCCCCAUUCCUUUCUUGUAUGUUAAACAUACUCUACUCCAAUCCUUCCCUUCCUCCCUUCCUUAUUUUUUUGUACUGGAGAUUGAACUCAGAGGCACUUUACCACUGAGCCACAUCCCCACCCCUUUUAAUUUUUUACUAAGUUGUUUUGGGCCUUGCUGAGGCUGGCUUUGGCACCUUCCUGCCUCUGCCUCCAGAGUCGCUGGGAUUACAGGUGUAUGCCAUCAUACCCAGCUCACCAUUAAAAUUUUUAAGACAAAAAGAUAAGGGAAAAAUAGAAGUUAGAUUAUAGUAGGGGAUUUUUGAUUCAACUCUUCCAGUCCUUGAUAGAACAAUAAUAGAGAAUAGGUUAUGACAUAGGAUAUGACACAUGAGGUUAAUAACAUCAUAAAUGGUAUAACAAACAACAUACCAUGAAAACAAUUAUUUUUUUUUUCACACACCCUUUAGGCCUCCAAAAAGAAAUUUAGUUAAUAUAAGAAGCAAAGAUAUAUGUAGAUUAUGAUCCUAUUUCUUUUCUAGAAUUAAAACAGAAAAGUACAAAAAUUUUCCAUUUGAAAAAAAAAACCUCUUUUUUUAAGAAGAAUAUUUUUAGUUGUAGAUGAACACAACACCUUUAUUUUAUUUAUUUAGUUUUUUUAUGUGGUGCUGGGGAUCAAACCCAGUGCCUCAUGCAUGCUAAGCAAGCAUUCUACCACUGAGCCACAACCCCAGCCCUGAAAAAGAUUAACUCUUGGGUCAAAGGAAAAAUAAAAAAUUAAACCAAAUGGUAGAAUGUGCUGAUAGUCAAAAUUCUGUGUAUUAAUAUCUAUGGGAUAUAUAGUUAAAGCUGUACUCAAAGGAAAAUUCAUAGAUGUAAAUAGAAUAUUAAGCUGGAAAAGAAUGAAAAUUCAAUCCAAGAAGUAGAAUAAAAUAAUUGGAAGAAAGUGGAAGGAUGGUAUUAGCAGAGAUAAAAGCAGAAAUUUAGGAAGUAGAUAAAUGAGAGUGCUAAUAACUCUUAAGAUGUUUUUUUAUUUUUGGUAGACAGUGUUGAUAAAAAUAUUAAGCAGAUAAACUAAAGCUCAUCAUGAACAAAGGGAGAAAAAAAUAUCACAUUGUAUGUGAAAGUACAAUAGGACAUGGAUAUUUAGAAAAUUAAAUGUAAAAAGUUUACUCUGCUCAACUGGAUACAGAUAAAUUGAAAACAGAAGAGCACUAUUAGGCUCAAGCAACCCAAGGAACAUAGAUAACUGAAAUGCUUUUUACAUUCUUAAAGAACAGAAAAAGAGGGAUGGAGGUGUAAGCUCAGUGGUAGAGCUCUGCCUAGCUUGCGGGAGGCCCUGGGUUAGAUCCCCAACACAACUUGUGUGUACACGCACAUAGAAAAAAGAACAUAGGAAAAUAAAAAAUUGUUUUGUAAAUUACUUUUUACAACAUUAUAUUGAUACCAAAUCUGCCAAAACACACAGAAGAAAACUAUACCAUUCUCAAAAUACAAAAAUCUUGCUGGGCAUAGAGGCACUUGCUUAUAAUCCCAGCAAUUUGGAAGACUGAGGCAAGAGGAUCAAAAGUUUGAGGCCAGUCUCAGCAAACUAGUGAGUCCCUAAGCACCUUAGUGAGAAUCUGUCUCAAAAUAAAAAGGACUGGGGAUGUGGCUCAGUGGUUAGCACCCCUGGGUUCAAUCCCUGAUUACCAAAAAAAAAAGAUAAACAAAAAGUAAAAAAAAAAAAAACAAAAAAAAAACCAAAUCCUAGAUAUUGGUGUCAUUCAACAGCACAUUAAAAGAAUAAAUAAUGUAUGAUAACCAAGUUGGCUUUUCUUAUAUUUUUCUUAUAUGGAGGUGUUAAACACCAUAAUUUUAAAAGUGUAAACAGGAAAUAAGAUUUCCCUAGGUGAUGAAAAAAUUGGUUAAAUUAACCAUCAACUUUUACUAAGUUGCUUUGGGCCUUGCUGAUUCUGGCUUCAGCAUCUUCCUGCCUCUGCCUCCAGAGUCGCUGGGAUUACAGGUGUGCGCCACCAUACCCAGCUCACCAUUAAAAUUUUUAAGACAAAAAGAUAAGGAAAAAUAGAAGUUAGAUUAUAGUAGGAGAUUUUUGAUUCAACUCUUCCAAAUAAAACACAAACUAAGAAACUUGACAGUAUUGGGGUCUUAACCCAGGGGUGCUUUACCAAUGAAUUACAUUUCUGGUCUCCCCCUUUUUUUUUAUACUAGGGAUUGAACUUGGGUCACUUAACCUCUGAGCUACAUCCCCCUGACUUGCUAUUUUUUUUAUUUUGAGAGUAUCUUUUUAAAUUGCUGAGGGUCUUGAUAAUUGACAGAGGCUGGUCUCCAACUUGUGAAGAUCCUGCCUCAGUCUCCCAAAUUGCUGGGGUUACAGGUAUUUUUCACCAUGCCCAGCUCAAAAACCUAUUCUUAGUAAGAUAGGAAUUGUUGGGCUUGGGGAUGUAACUCAGCUGGCAGAGUGCUUGCUGUGCAUGCACAAGGCCCUGGGUUCAAUCCCCAGCACCAAUAAAUAAACAAACAAUAGGAAUUGUGGGUUGCUUUUUUUUUUUUUAAUAUAUUUUUAGUUGUAAAUGGACACAAUAUCUUUAUUUUUAUGUGGUGCUGAAGAUCGAACCCAGAGCCUCACAUGUGCGAGACAAGUGCUGUACCGCUGAACCACAACUGCAGCCUCUGUGGUUUACUUUUUUUCUUUUCUUUGUUUGGUGCUUGAGAUUGACCCAGGGCCUAGCAUGUGCUAAGCAUACACUUUCCCAUGGAACUACAAAUAUGGAAUAUGUGUUGUGAUGUGAUGCAAAUUAACAUUAUUUCUAAUGAAGCAGUUAUUUAAAUUUAGGAGUUAACAGUGUUGCUGCCACUGUCGUCAUUAUUAUCAUCAUCAUGAUUAUUAUUUGUUGUACUGGGCAUUAAACCCAGUGAUGCUCUAUCAUUGAGCUACAUCCCUGACUCUUUUAUUUUUUUAGUUUGUGACAGAGUCUCACUAAUUUCCUGAGGCUGGCCUCAAACUUGUAAUUUUUUCUGCCUCAGCCUCCAGAGUACCUGGGAUCACAGGUGUGUGACAUUAUGCACAGCUUUGCUAUUAUUGCUUAACAUUUUUUCUGGUGGUUCUAGCCAAUUGAGUUAUGGGAGAAUAUAUGCUUAAAAAACUGGAAAGAAAAGUGAAAUCCUCAAUUUUUUUAAAAUUCUUUUUUUUAUUUUUUAAUUUUUUUUAUUGUUGGUUGUUCAAAACAUUACAUAGUUCUUGAUAUAUCAUCUUUCACACUUUGCUUCAAGUGGGUUAUGAACUCCCAUUUUUAGCCCAUAUACAGAUUGCAGAAUCACAUCAAUUACACAUCCAUUGAUUUAAAUUCUUUUUUUUUAAAUAUCUUUAUUUUUAUUUUUAUGUGGUGCUGAGAAUCGAACCCACUGCCUCAUGCAUGCCAGGCGAACGCUCUACCACUGAGCCACAUCCCCAGCCCGAAAUCCUCAAUUUUGAUUGCAUAACUAGGAAAUUUCAUAGUAAAAUAUGAGAAAACUGAGAUUCAGAGAGGUUAAAUGAUUUGUUCAAGAUAACACAACAGUCUGCUUCAUCUCGAUUCAGCAGCGUUCCAAACUGUGGUAUCCUUGGGGUUUUCUUAACAUUGCUAUGGUGCAGAAGAUUUAAAAUCAGCUGAUGUUCACAAGGAAUAGAGUCACGUGAUGUAUGAAGGGAAACAUAUACACUUCUCUGAGGUUGACAAUAAGCCCUUGUGCUCGUAUAGCCCCAAACUGUGCAAGCAGCGGCGUCUCAACGGCUACGCUUUCUGUAUCAGACACGUUCUGGAGGACAAGACUGCCCCCUUCAAGCAAUGUGAAUAUGUGGCCAAGUACAACAGCCAGCGCUGCACCAACCCCAUCCCCAAAUCAGAGGAUCGUAGGUACUGCAACAGCCACUUGCAGGUACUUGGCUUUAUCCCGAAAAAAGAGAGGAAGAAAAAGAAUGAUCCUAUAGAUGAGGUGAAAGUCAGGCACCAGAUGGAUACCAUGGCCUUUAGCUUGACAGUACCCACGCUGGCCUUGAAGAUGCCCAACGGACUGGAUGGAAUGUCCCUCUCUCCACCUGGGGCAAGGGUCCCUCUCCACUACCUGGAAACUGAGUUGGAAGACCCAUUUGCUUUCAACGAGGAAGAUGAUGAUCUGAAGAAAGGGGCAACUGUGAGAAAGAAGUUGCAGAGCAAAUUGGCCCAGAAUCGGCAGCGCCAGAGAGAGACAGAGAUUUUAAAAGUUCGACAAGAGCACUUUAGUCCCCCUCCUACACCUUCCCAGCAGCCUCCGCAGCAGCACUCCCACCUGUCACCUUUAUCCACUUUAAAACCUCCAGCGCCGCCGCAGGGUUCUGUCUGCAAGUCACCUCAACCUCAGAACACCAGCCUACCAAUGCAGGGAGUGGCCCCCACCACACACACUAUAGCACAAGCAAGGCAGUUGUCUCACAAGAGGCCUCUGCCCCUCCUGCCAUCCAGUAGGGCUCCCAUCGUGGACCCCCCCAGGACUGACCGGGUCCUUAUGAAAGCCACAGCCUUCUCUCCACACUUCUCUUGUAUAAGUCAGCUGCAGAGACUGGUGAAACUGUGCACACAAAAACAUCAGUUGGAUACUGAUCUGUUUCCCCACUUAGGGUUGGACUGGUCUGAAGAAAGCGGAGAGGAACUGGAGGACUCAGAACAGGCUUCACCAUACCAGGUUGCAUGGUCUAUCCGAGAAACCCUCAGAUAUGAAAGACACACGCCAGAUGACGAUGAUGCGGAGAGUAGGAGCUCCAGGGUGACCCAACUUUGCACUUACUUUCAGCAGAAAUACAAGCACCUCUGCCGCCUGGAAAGGGCAGAAUCUCGUCAAAAGAAAUGCCGUCAUACAUUUAGGAAAGCAUUGCUGCAGGCAGCCAGUAAAGAACCGGAAUGUACUGGUCAGUUAAUACAAGAACUUCGGAGAGCAGCAUGCACUCGAACCAGUAUAAGCCGGACCAAGUUGAGGGAGGUGGAACCAGCAGCAUGCAGUGGAACCAUGAAGGGGGAGCAGUGCACUAACAAAGCCCUUCCAUUCACCAGACAUUGUUUCCAACAUAUCCUCUUGAACCGCUCUCAGCAGCUCUUCUCCAGUUGCACCGCCAAGUUUGCAGAUGGACAGCAAUGCUCUGUGCCAGUUUUUGACAUUACACACCAGACACCUCUGUGUGAAGAACAUGCCAAAAAAAUGGAUAAUUUCUUGAGAGGAGAUAACUCCCGUAAAGUUCAGCACCAGCAGCAGAGGAAACCCAGGAAAAAAACCAAGCCUCCUGCACUCACCAAAAAACAUAAGAAAAAGAGAAGGCGUGGACCUCGUCGACCCCAAAAGCCCAUCCCCCCAGCAGUCCCCCAAGGGAACCUCAGCAUGCCCACCAGCGUCUCACUGCCAGUGGAGGCCUCUCAGAUCCGGAGCCCAUCCACGCCCGAGCUGAGUGCUGACGAGUUGCCGGAUGACAUUGCCAACGAGAUCACCGACAUUCCACAUGAUUUGGAAUUGAACCAGGAGGACUUUUCAGACGUCCUGCCACGGUUACCUGAUGACUUGCAAGAUUUUGAUUUUUUUGAAGGAAAGAAUGGAGACCUCCUCCCGACCACCGAAGAGGCUGAGGAGCUUGAACGGGCCCUGCAGGCUGUAACUUCUCUCGAGUGCCUGAGUACCAUUGGGGUACUUACCCAGUCAGACGGUGUACCAGUCCAGGAGUUGUCAGAUAGAGGAAUAGGGGUGUUCUCCACAGGUACUGGAGCUUCAGGAAUCCAGUCCUUGAGCCGAGAAGUAAACACGGACCUAGGGGAGCUAUUGAAUGGGCGAAUAGUACAUGAUAAUUUUUCUAGUCUAGAGCUGGACGAGAACCUGCUCCGUUCUGCUACCUUGUCUAACCCACCUACACCCCUGGCAGGGCAGAUCCAGGGGCAGUUCUCUGCCCCAGCCAACGUUGGCCUUACUUCUGCCACUCUGAUCAGCCAGAGUGCACUUGGGGAGAGAGCCUUCCCAGGACAGUUUCAUGGACUUCAUGAUGGCAGCCAUGCCUCCCAGAGGCCACAUCCUGCCCAGCUGCUGAGCAAGGCAGACGACCUAAUCACCUCACGACAGCAAUACAGCAGUGAUCAUUCACACUCCUCGCCCCAUGGAAGCCAUUAUGAUAGUGAGCACGUGCCGUCUCCCUACAGUGACCAUAUCACCUCUCCCCACACGACAUCUUACUCUGGUGAUAAUAUGGCAGCUACCUUUUCAGCAGAGAUGCCCAUCAUGGCGCAGCACUUGCUCCCAACCCAACUUGAGGUGCCACUUGGAGGAGUGGUAAACCCUAGAACUCACUGGGGUAAUCUCCCUGUCAACCUUGGAGAUCCCUCUCCAUUUAGCAACCUUCUCGGCGCAGAUGGACAUCUUCUUUCCACUUCCCUAUCCACGCCACCCACCACUUCGAACUCAGAGACCACACAGCCUGCCUUCGCCACCGUGACCCCCAGCAGCUCCAGUGUGCUUCCGGGGUUACCGCAGACCAGCUUCAGUGGCAUGGGGCCUUCUGCUGAACUAAUGGCCUCCACCUCUCCCAAGCAGCAACUCCCUCAGUUCAGCGCAGCCUUCGGCCACCAGCUGAGUUCUCACAGUGGCAUUCCUAAGGACCUGCAGCCCAGCCACAGCUCUAUAGCCCCUCCUACAGGCUUCACAGUAACAGGUGCCACAGCUACAAGUACCAAUAAUGCAUCUUCUCCCUUUCCCUCCCCUAACUGAGCGUGUCUGUGUGUUUGCAGGCAAGGUGGGGAACCCGGUGUUUUCUAUCUUUGUUUCCUCUUUAGCACCCCUACCCCCUUUUCCAAAAGAAGACUUAAAAAUAGCAGAUGGGAAUUAGAGGGGCACCCCCUUCCCAGCUCAAUAGGUGGCCAGGCAGUGGACCUUGCUGCAGUGUUCACAUGUGCUCCUAAGCACUGGUGCUCAUUCCCUCCUGGCAGGUCCACUCGGCCCCUGUGGUUUCCUUGGUGGUUCAGCACAUUGACUGGAUAGGAUUGGUUUUUAGCAGCAAGUCCUAGAAGUGGAAGAUACCUCAGAUUACCAGUGCCCUUUACUAUUUCCUAGUAUUCAGAUCAGUGCUUUCCAUUCUAUAGCCAGGUUUUUACAUAGGUGGUUCUAGAUAGAAUGAUCCUAUUAAAUGAGUUCCUGUGUAGGAGAUAACUGGUGGUGUAUAGAGGCAGGUUAAGGCUCUGACUCAGCAUCAGCUGCCAAACACCACCCAGAGGCCAGGAUGCCAUUCCUAAUUGUGAUCAUGGUUAACUAAAAAGAAAAAAAAAAAUGUUUUUUGACCACCUGUGAGUGUGUGUGCACCCAUGUGUGUGUUUUGUGCAGUGCAGGAAGUAGCGUCCCAUUGGGUUGUUAAUUUUUUUUUUUUUUAACCCCUGUAAUGAGUAUAAGGCUUUUUUCUUCUUUGUACAUCUCACAUCCUAGUAAGGUUGGUCAUUCUGUCCCACUGAGUUAACUGAAGUUUCUUGAAUAGGGAGGGGGGUGAUCUGCCCAUGUGAAUAGCACAACCCUUUUCUGCUAAAUGUUAGCCCAUAAAGAAGUGAGACACCAAAAGCUGAAUUCACAUUAGUGAUGGGGGCAGGGCGGGGGCGGGUGUCAAGCAAGACUUGCCUGGAGUGACUGUGGGGUUGCUGAGGCCAUUUUGCCUUUUCAGACCUGCACUUGUUUUAAACCCCUCACUCAUGGGACACUUUUGCAAGAUGUCAUUGAAGAAAAUAUCUUGAUGUGAAAAAGCAGGAUAGGUCAGAUAGAUUUGAAAGAUGAAAUCUGUGAACUUCUUGAUCCAUCUUUUGCUUUUGACUUUUUCAUGUUUACAGUAGUGAUUCUUUGGUAAGAUUUGUAAAAUGUUGAAGACACUUGUAGAAUCAGUGUACCAGUUGUGAAGUGAUGUGUAAUAACUGAAGGAUACACAUUUUAAAAUUUCUUUCAAAGCAGAAUAUGGAGAUCAGACAUACAUUUUACCUGCAUUUGGUACUUUUAAAAUAAUUUAAUCUAGGUUUAAGUAAAUUUGGUAAAAGUUUUGGGAAAUUCUUUUAAGUAUCAGGAUUUUAGGGUAAAAAAUCAUGUUGGAUAGUUUAGUAAGUUGGUGACUAUGAAAUAAAUAUGUGAGAUUUCUUCUUGCCUGCCUUUCCUGCCCUCUGCUUCAGAGAAGGGUGGAGCUAGAUUUUAAAGCAUCUGUACUCCAAUUUUGCUGAGAAAUUUCACUGUCCCUUAAGAUACAUUGGCUAUUUAUACCUGAGUCCAGCCUAAUUUACAUAUAUAUUUUUUAAAAGAUGAGCAGAGAGAACAUAUCUAUUAGUGAAGUGGUAUAAUAAUUCAUUUAUCAGGGAAUAUUUGAUCUUAAUUCCUUUCUAGUAGGUAAAAGUUUGGACAUAUUUUCCUAUUUCCUAUAUGUAUUCUCUUUAUGCCAUUAUAGUUCUAACCAGGCCCUUCUUUUGGAAGCUUUUCUUUCUCUGCUUUUUAAAGGAAUGAUGGUGAUCAGCAAGCAUUAUGCAGAUACCACGUGCCUGGGAUUAUGGAGGGGAAAUGUCACAUGACUGUAUGGAAUCAUAUGCCCUAUUUUGUAUUUAUUGAAGUUUCUUUGGGGGCCAAAAAUAUGUAUGUAAUAUAUUUACUUUUUUUUAAAAAUCAUGUUAAUUGAUUGGAAGAUUUAUUUUUAAUAGCUUUGCCUUUUUUGAAGAUUGAAACAUUUCUAAAUUAUAAGUUAUGUCUCAAAGCAAAAUUAUAUUUGGUAUCACCAUAAAUUUCUAUUCUGAGUGGUGAGAACACAUAAUUUGCAUAUUUCUCACCUGUGAACCUGUGUCAGUAAGCUUUUUUACUUUAGUGCACUGUAAUGAAAUAUUAGUAGUUACCUCUGCUCAAGUAUCAUUUAGUUUGCUGUGCUAUUUUCACAUCCCAUUGUCAUCAUCACUAGGUAACACUGAAUUCCCAGCAAUUUCAUUUUGUCUCCAUUGUGUACUAUCUAUAGGUUAUAGCACAGUAGCAUAUGGACUUUUUAUUAGCCCUUCUUGACAGCAAAGGGCAGGUCAUGGGUAGGUAAUUUGAACUAUUUCUGGCUAUUUGUCCCUCGUAUUAGCUGCUUAAAAAUCUUCAGUUAUCAAAACUGAGUUUGCAGUAAGUUGCACAUUUUAUUGUUUGCAAUUUUCUGUUUUAUGUGCAUUUAAAAGCCCUUCUCUGCUUUCUAGUUGGGAGGCAUGAAAAUGAUCAGGAAUGUUGCCAGUUACAGCUUCACACCAAAAACAUUGAGGAAAUUCACUUUAGAUGCCCACCAUGAUAGCUGAGGAAAGGGCACUUUUAGAAAGUACCAGUGUAGGGUUGAAUAAUUAGCAAAAACAAACUUUUCCUCUUUUCAUCUACUUCAAAACAAAUAUCCAAGCUUGCAAUUUGCUUUGCUGUUUCUUGUGAAGAGAGAAGAACAUCUAUAAGCCCAGAGAUAUCCAUUAUGUUUUGUUCUAGUUUUCAGAGCAGUUCUAGUCCUAUUAUUAGUAGGCUUGCUAUUAAUAUGCAAAAAAAGAAAUGAAGUGUCUUUUAAAAUUGGUGUCUUUUAAAAUAACAUUUGUGUUAUCAUAAGGCAAUACUGGAAUCAAAAACAAGUUUUAUAUAAGGUCCUAUUUAGGUAGAAACUAGCUUUUAUUCUAGUAUUCAACGUAUGAGACACGGUGGCAGAAGAUUCACUCUGUUUCUGCAGUUCUUUGGGACCAUUUAUAAAGGCCAGUUAGCUUGUGUUACUGUGAUUUAAUUUUCAAAGUUGCUGCAGUUAAUGGAUGUGUUCUGUGCUCUGAGGAUCUGAUACUUAUGACUGUGAUCUAUAGCAUCUGAAGAAAAGACGGGCUUUCUCUCCUUUAACUGUUAAUAUUAUUUUAAUAAAAGUACUUAAGACGUUGUUUUUUCCUGUGUAAAAAUGGCUUAGCAAUGUUCAUAUCUCCAUAGGUUAUGUAGCUAGUCAACAAUUCAGGACAGUGAAUAGCAAUUAUACUUCACCCACCAAGUGACAGACUAUGCAAUGGAAAAUUUUACUAAUUAUUGUCACAUAGCUUACACAGCAAAGGAUUAUUUUCUCUAGUAAACCUACCGUGUGUAAUAUGCCUACUUUAUAAAUGACUUCCCGAGCAAUUUCAUGUUGGCAGGCAGUGUGUGCUGUGUCUAGUGUCCCUCUAUGAGAAGAUUAUAAUGUAAUGAGAAGCAAAUAGGUAGGUAUGGAGAUAAAGUUGGAAAGUGACUUUAUUUUAUUUUCAUUAAAAUUGGUGUUAUUGUUUUAGUGGCUUGAGAUUAAAGAAAGCUAAUACUUUAUCUUUGCCAAAUACUAUUUAUAAGAUUUAUUUCUUAAAGAAGCCCAGUCUCUCAGCUGAAGUUAGAGAUCACCAUUUUCUUGACUAACACUAAAACUUUUCCUUAUCAGGGCUUGUCCUCAAAACAUGAUUACAAUCCACAGUGGCAAAGGCAGUUCUUGUAUCAGGAAGGAAACUGUGUCCAAGCUACACACAGGUGCCCCUGUCCAUCCCAGGUUCAUCCUAUAUGGAAGAAGUUACAUUUCCAUUGACCUAUAGCAUGGAAUUUUUAUAAAUUGGCAUUAGAAUUUGAGCACACAUGCCUAAAUCCCUUUCUGUUGGUUUGCUGAUCCUGCCUGGGAUCCCUUCUGUGCCCUACACCAUGGGAGGCUAGUGAUGGUUGAUCAGCUUCAUCAGCAAUAUCUGUAUGAGGUUAUUCCUUCUUUUAAAAUAUUUAGUUCAAAAUGUUGUGGAUUGGUAUCUCAAAACGAUGAGGAUAUUAACACUAAACUAAUUAUUUAAGCGUUUUAAAAUUCAUUAAAAAUUUUUACGUGCCUAGUUUUCAGUUUCUUCAUCCUUUCUUUUAAAAUUCUAUUAAAUUCUGUUCUUAAUCUGUCAUAUAGAGAAUGAUUGAAUAGAGUGGUCUGCUAAAUGGUCAACAGAACUCUCCAGCUUAAUGAGGCAAUUUAGAGGAUUUCUUAGAAAAAAAUUUAAUCAUACUUCAUUUGUAUCUGUUUUAUCACCAAAACCUACAUUGUUCUAAAGAUUUUUUUUCUGACAGAAAGUAUAUUUCUAGGGGGAUAUAUACAUAUAUGCCCAUAUGUAUGUGUAUACAUAUAUAUACACAUGGUGUAUGCAGAUAUACACAUGUGUAUAUAUUAAUUCAAGAAUAAACAUCUAGGACUGGGGUUGUAGCUCAGUGGUAGAGUGUUUACCUUGCAAGUAUGAGGCACUGGGUUCUGUCCUCAGCACCACAUAAAAAUAAAUAAAUUAUAAAGAAUAACAAAUAGGAAAAUAUCGUGUCCGUCUACAAUUAAAUUUUUUUUUAAUUUUCCCCCUCAAUAAAUUGAAAAUGACUGAAUCUUCACUAAUGUUCUAUACAAAAGUGAAACAAUUUGAUGAUUUCUUAAUAUCUUGGUCUUUAUAAGCUUUCCUAUAUCAUAGAGUGAGCCAAAAUCAUAUUUCGUAAAUUAAAGUAAAAUUUUAAAUACCUGUGAAGAACAUGUAUUGAUAAUCUGCUAAGCAUUUUCCAUUGACCAGUGGUUAGAAUGGAAAAUAUAAGCAUAUAUGAAUAGUUGUGUCUCUUUGAUAACCAGCAUUAAUUAAAGCUGCAAUGUGGUUUAAACUUAGGAAGCCUUUUUUUCACUCCAAUUGUUUUUUGUUAACUUUUCUCUCUGUGCUUUGAUACAGGAUUAAGAAAAGAUGUGUCAUUUCAGACAGAGAGCAAAUUUGGUGUGACUUUCUUUACUCCAGGUUCCUGAAUAUCAGGAGUGUCUGGGUAGUUUGAAGAGCAGAGUUCUAAAGCUUAGUGUGACACAGUCCCAUUAGAGAAAAAUAUGAACACCUAGUAAGCAGUAUUGGGCAGCACAGCUUUCCUUCUUCCCUUCUGCCUGCUUGCCUCUGCCCAUCCCCGGUACUAAAGUAUGCACGUGCACACAUACUCUGUACUGAUCUUGGCCGAAGAGUAAUAGAAUCCUCUUCUUUCACUUUUUUUUUUGUUGUUGUUGUUUUUGUUUGUUUGUUUUUCUUAAGCUGGGGACCACUGAAGUAAGCUCUAUAUGCACCCAAAGUUCCCCAUGGAAAAGUUUUCAACACGCAGUGCAGAAGGCUCCAAUGCAGCUAAAUGUCACGCCUUUGCUUUUACUUGGGGAAUAGACUGAUUUGCCCAGAAAUGACUCCAACCUGCAUCGUUAAGGUACAGUUGGCUCCAACGGAUUAGUGUUGAAAUGAAGAAAAGCUUGACACUUGCUGACGUUGUUUCAUCUGUUUGGAAGGGUUGAAUCAGUUCCUCUCAACAGUGGCAGUUCUUUUCACUGUAUAGUAUUGAGUAUGUCUCAGGGAUUCCUUGUGGAAAUUAGGGCAGUUUUUAAAAAUAAGAAAACAAUUUUAAAAGAAACUAAAGGUGACUCAUCAUUGAAGAGAGCGCAAGAAAGAGAAAACAUUUUGGCUUAGUAGCCCACGGUGUCUCGCCUAGGACUUCUUUCCUUUCUACUUCAGGCUCUCAUCUCAGCUUCAGCAUACAGAAUCCUUUCCCAUCAUGCACAGCUUUAAAACUUUUAUUUAAAAAUUUCCUUCCCCCAUGAGCUUUCAGAAUACUUAUUGUAGAUUUUAAGAGAAAAGGUAUAUUAAUUUAUGCUAUUAACAUCACCUCAUAAAUUAUAAGUUUUAUACUAAAGCUGUAUUGAGUGUAAUGAAUUAUGUUGCCUAUGUGUUUAAUAGCUAAAAAAAAAUUAUAUAUGAGCUUUUUUUUUUCCUUUUGACAAACUAGUAAGCACCUUUUUACACUGGAUUUCUGCCGUGUCAAGGUGUAUAGCUAUCCUUUGCUACCUUGCAGAUAUAUAAAAUAAAAAGGAUAUCCUGGGGCCUCAAAAUGUAGAACACCUUUAGACCAUUUAUUAUUGUUCAUAGAACUGUUGAGAAUCAUGUUCUUUAGUAAAUGAUCUGUGGUUUACACUUAAGAUGGCUAGAAGCUUAGUUACAGGGUAAAUAGAAAUACAUAGAUCAAGUAAAACUCCAACUACUGUAGCUGGAAUUUGUAAACUAAGUUUUUAAGACCUCUUUUAUUUCCUAUGGAUUUAUUCUUUAAUUUACAGUUUAUUCUGUAAGUUGGGAAGUAAAAUAGAGAAAAUAAGUCUAGAUGUUCUCAGUGUCUUAUUCAGGAACUUUUUUAUCCCUCCUCACUAAGGAAUUCCCACUGUGACUUAAAAAUAGAAUUAAAUUACUUGUGUGCAUGUAUAUGUUUUUACACACAUGCAAAAAUAUUCAUUGGGGCACGUGUGUGAGAGAGAUGAAUGUGUGCUAAUGUACAAAUAGAGAAAGGUAACUGAAUGUAUUGUAGAAAUAUGAUUUAUUUAGUUGAGGAUGUUAAGAGUUAACUUUCUCAUUGUCUCUGUUGUAUAAAUAUACCAAAUUCUUCAUUAUGUUAUAUUAUGUUAAAAGGCAAGCUCUGAUAUCAUGUACGUUUUAUUUUAACUUUUGGAUUAACUUAUGUUUUUUUAAGUGACAUGAGAAACAGCAGAUUCUAAGACCAGCCUCUCAUUUUUUAACAUAAAAGCAAGAGAGACAGACAGACAGACAGACCCAGACAGGAUCUGUGUUUAUCUAUUGGGGUGAUGGGACCAGAGAUCUUUUGAACCUCUUUUAUGUUAAUAAUAGAUUUCUUAAUAUUCUGAGUAAUAAAAUAUUAUUGAUCAUUUUUUCACGGUGACGUUAAAAAUUAAGGCCUUUUAUAAAAAAUUUUUUUGAAGGGGAGUUGUUGGGAUCAUUUCACCAUGCAUAUUUCAAAGCUGGGGUGAUUUCAGUUAUUUCCAAAGCAUUUUUAAAAAAUUUAUUCAGUUGUACCAUUAAUUAGGAAGUUAGAGAGCCCCAUCUUUUUGCUGUAGGAAAAAUUAUGCUACCCUUGACUUUUACCUGAUUGGUGUGGAAUUAAAAAACAUUCCUUUGAGUUUUAGUUAUCAUUUUGCUACACACUCUUUACUGGAGUGUCUGAUGAUAUAAAAUAGUCAAAAUUAGAGUUAUUAAGUGUUCCAGUCAUAUUUACUUUUAAUAUUAAAAAAUCAUGUGCUUUGAGAUAUGUCAAAACAACUUCUGAUACCGCAUCCGCAUUUGUAGUCCUCUUUGAAGCUUCAUUGACUUCCUCUUGGAUACAGUUAAGACCUAGGAAAGCUUUAUAUGUUGUUCUUUUACAGUUGUAUUGUUAUUUUUGUAGCAUCUCCCAGUUCCAUUCGCUUUUGCUUUUGGAUUUUAAAAAUCUGCAUUUCUUGUACAUAUGCAUGCAAAUGAAAGAAGGGAGUUUGUAUUGGUGCCAUUUCUCCCUUCAGUUGCUGGUUAAUGGAAUUUGCUAGAAUAAAUUCCCCCUGAUUGAAGGGUAAAGACAGACCCUUUUGUGUAUAUCUGUACAGAGAUGUGUAUAUGGGAUGUGGUGGCACUUUGCUGAAUGUGAACUUGCCUUGUCAAUGGAAAGACUGAAAAGUAUUAUGUUUAUUUAUACAUUUGUAUAAAUCUAUAUAUACACGUAUGUAUAUGUGUGUGUAUAGAUAAAGCUAUAUACAUAUAUUUCCCUAAAAAAAAAAGUGUGUGUAUAAUAGGUAACAGCCUUUGUUAAGCAGGAUUAUACAUCUACAGAAAAUUCUGGAUUAUUCUGUAAGCCAGAGGAGGUAACCUUCUAGAGUACAUCAUCUGAGCAUACUAAAAUGCAAGUCCUUUGGAUUGUAGUCUCACUUAAGGCUGUCAGAAAUGAUGUCUAACUAUUUUUACUCACAGUUCCACUCUCUUCAUCGUCCCUACUGCUAGUUAAUCUCUCAUGAGUGAAAAGCAAAAUCACACAUCAUUUUUUUUCCUCUAUAAUUAUGUCCUUUCAAGCUAGAAGCAUUUGACUUAAACAUAUUUCAUUAGCUUCUCACUUGUUUCUUUUAAAGAUAUUUAUUUCUGAAUUUUCCCAGAAGAUAGAAGUAUUUUCUACAGUACUCUUGAGAAUUGGUAGUCAUCUUUGUCUCAAAAACAGGAAAAAAAAAAAAAAAGGCAACAUUCAAACAAAACUAAUUUAGAAAGUUUUACCUAGAUAAUUUCUGGUUAUUUAACUUACUUUGAAAAAAACACUUAAGUAUUUUGAUUGAUAGUACACUUACUGUCAGCAAAUAGUUUGAUUUACUUUGUGAUUGAAUUAUAAAUUUACCAUUUGCAUUUUAAAGGAAAGCGUACAAAAUCACAUGUAAGCCUCUUGAAUUCUGUAACUCACUUUACUCAUGUUGAAACUGCUUUAAUUAAUUCUGCCAUAUUUCCUUUUGACUUAUCUCACAGUGUGACAUUCUGUUUUAACUUUGCUGCAGCUCUCUAAAAAACUCGUAUCCCUAUAUAUUGUGCCUUUAAAUCUCUUAUGCACACACAGACAAAAGUGUAUAUAUACAUGUUGGAGCAUGUGUACAUACACUUUGUUAAUACUCACACAGUAUGUGGGAGUGGACGUAUAGAUAUUCAAAGGCAAUGAAAUGUUGCUCUCUAGAUAUAUAUGUAUAUAAAUAGUGUUGAUAUAACUGUAUAUACACAUGUAUAUGUAUGAGUUUUAAAUGGCAAUCUUUUACAUUUAGCAAAAUGCUGCCCCUACUGGAAUAUUGUCGCUGCAAUGGCAGUUGUAUGUAUGAUUUAAAAUACAUUAUCAAAAAUUAUUUAAAGAACAUUUAAAAGUCUCAUCUAAAGACAUCCACACAUUAUUUAUUUAUCUUCCUUUUCCUUGUAUUGUUAUGUUUGUUUAACUGAAAGGGAGACCGUUUUUAAAAAUGCCAUCUAUCCCAUGAAAGACAAGAUUCACUUGAAGAACUUUGUGCAUUUUUUCCUCUCUGAGAUGGAGAUGUACCACAGCACAGCCUGUUUGUUUCAGUUAUAAAACAAUCCUAAUAUUUCCAUUAGUGUGUGUCAUCCACUAUCUUCUAGAUCAACUUAAUUCACCAGUUUGCCUCUUCCUUUCAUUAAUAAAUGAUGAUCAUUGAGAUCAUUUUGCCUGGAGGGAAGUUAACUACUCUCUCGCUGCAGGGAAAUAUAUCACCUAGUUGUUAUUCUGCCUUGUUCAAAAUUCAACUUUGAAAGAAGACAGCUCUCUCUCGGGAAGCUGUCUUAAGCACAUUUUGCAUUUAUUUAGUUAAAGGUAUUCCCAAUCAUUUUCUUUAAAAAAAAAAACAAAAAACGAAGAACUCCAAGUUGCAUGUGUUUGUCAUUUAAUUUUUAUUCCCCACAGCUUCAGGUAGUUUUCAUUAGUAGAUCAGCUUGACACACUGAAUGCAAGAACAUAAAGGAAAAAAAAAUUAGCUGUUGAAUAUUAUUUUAUUUCCUGAUGAGUUGGUAGCAGAUUACAUCUCAAGAAUAUGUAGAGAGAGGAAGGUAGAUGAACAAUCCUAAACUGUAAGAUGUUAGAGGGGGUAAAAAUGGAGUAUGGGAACCCCGAAAGACUAAAUGAAGAGGUUGGGGUUGGAAUGAUUUUACAGAGUAUCUUAGCUGGAACUUGAUAUCAGAAGCAGCCUUUAACAAAAAGCCUCUUGGCACUAACUACAGUACUGAAGCCGAAGUUGAAACCAAGUUGCAGUGGGAAAUCAAAGGUGAGGUGGCUGAUUUGAAACCAGUGAAUGACAGGUUGGACAGUUUUAAAAUCUCUUCUAACAAAGUAACUGCACGGUAGCAAGGACUAGCAGUUCUCUAAGCCCUUCUUUUUCAGUGUUCUCAUUCACCUUGGCACACAAGUAUGUUUAAUAUGCCAUACAUUAAAAAUAUGUAGAAAACAAAACAAAAAAAGCUGCUUAAAGGGAAUUUACGAACCAAGAAUCUUCUCUGUGUUUGAGUUAAGGGUGUGGCUACAAGCUUGGUCAUAUGCACAAAAACUGGGAGCCACUCAUUUCUGCAGACAGCAGAAGGAAGACAGGAGGUGGUAGGUUUUGGUGGGGCCUGUGUGGGUUAGAAAGGCAUGUCUGUGGCAUAGAGGGUAGUGUUGCUGGCAGAGAACACAUUUGGGAGAUGAUGGGUUUGGGGUUUGUAAUUUCCCUUUAAACAAGAAGAGAUGGCUCACAUUUUCCAUAUAUCUCAAUGAAUGUACUGUAUUACUGUUUUAAAAAUUUGAUGAAAUAAUAAUGGAUUGGUCUCCUUUUGUUAUCUGGUCCUUGUUUAAUUUGUUUAAGGGUUUUUGUAUACAAAAGUUUACAUUUUUAUGUAUAUUUUUCUUGUGUAAAAACUGAUGUAAUAUGUGUAUAAAACACUGUAUGUAUUAUCUGUAUAUAGUGUGACAAAAUGAUUUUUCUUUCUUUCUUUUGGAUGUAUUAAUAAAUCUUGCUGUGAAGUA